CCGGCAGACAAAACAGAAGCCCGCAGGAUCGCGCGCCGUGUAAAAUCCUUCACCAUCAUUGACCAGGAGCUCUACAAGAGAAGUCAUACUGGGAUCCUCCAGCGCUGCAUCCCGAUCGAGCAGGGAAAGGCGCUGAUCCAGCAUAUCCAUGCUGGGGCUUGUGGUCACCACGCCGUGCCAAGGACACUCGUUGGCAACGCCUUCCGACAGGGUUUUUACUGGCCAACCGCGGUCGCGGAUGCCACCCAGGUAGUCCGCACCUGUGAAGGAUGCCAGUUCUUUGCCCGCCAAACUCACCUGCCCGCGCAGGCAUUGCAAACCAUCCCCAUCACAUGGCCGUUUGCGGUCUGGGGGCUGGAUCUCUUCACCGGGAAGAGAUUUCUCCAGUUCUACGACGACCACCACAUUCGAGUGGAUUGGGCGGCAGUGGCGCACCCCCGCACGAACGGGCAAGUCGAGCGAGCCAACGGCAUGAUACUCCAGGGUCUCAAGCCACGGAUCUUCGACCGCCUUAAAAAGUUCGGCGGACGGUGGGUUGCGGAGCUUCCAGCAGUCCUCUGGAGCUUGAGGACGACC